GUGUGUGUGUGUGAGAACUGUCCAACAGUUUACUGAGAGCUGGAGGCGUCCAAAACUUCAUUCCCGCGGAUCUGUAAAUGAAGUCUGCGCUGGAGAGACCGGGAGCUCGCUUGUGAUGGAGCGGGACGUCAACAGUUUAUCAGGAGAGGAGUAUUUUGAGGGGAAGCUGUGCUCAGACGCAGAAUCCCUGAGUCAAGGGGACAAAGACUAUGAUGACAUCUUGGAGCUCAAUCAGUUUGACGGACUGCCGCACUCCUCCAGGUUUUACAAACUGCUGAAGGAGAGAAAAGAGCUGCCAGUGUGGAAGGCAAAAUGUGAAUUCAUGGACACUCUGGCCAAGGGACGCUUUGUCGUUGUCAGUGGAUCUGCUCAAAGUGGGAGAAGCUCUCAAAUUCCCCAGUGGUGUGCCGAGUUCUGCCUGUCAGCCCGGUUCCGGCACGGCAUGGUGGUGUGCACCCAGGUGGACACGCAGCAGGCCGUGGAUCUGGCCCUGAGGGUGGCGGAUGAGAUGGACGUCAACAUUGGUCACGAAGUGGGCUACAGCAUCCCUUUGGAAAGCUGCUGCACCAACGACUCCGUCCUCAGGUACUGCACCGAUGACAUGCUGCUGAGAGAGAUGAUGUCGGACCCUUUGCUGGAGCACUACGGCGUGGUGGUCGUGGACCAGGCCCACCAGAGGACCGUGGCCACCGACGUGCUGCAGGGCCUGCUGAAGGACGUGGCCCUGCAGAGGCCCGAGCUCCGUGUGGUCCUACUCACCUCGGACGAGCCCGGCCCCAAGCAGAUGGCCCACUUCACCGGGGCGGCCGCGCCUCUGAUCCGCCUGGAGAGCCCCGGGGCAGGGGAGGUGGUCUACAGCAGCACAGGUGACGGCUACUUCUGCUCCGCCCUGCGUCUGGUGCUGGAGAUCCACCGGUGUGAGGGGGAGGGAGAUGUGGUGGUGUUUCUGGUGACGGCACAGGAGAUAGAUCUAGCUCAUGACAUCCUGAGCCAUGAGGGGCAAAGCUCACCCCCUGACCUGGGUGAGCUCGUGCCUGUUGCUGUGCACCCCGGUCAGCCUGGGAAUCUGCCACUCCAGGGGGAGGAGGAGACGGGUCGGACCCGCAGAGUCUUCCUCACAUCCAGCCCCAACGAGGACUUCUUCUGGGCUGUUAGCUCCAUAAGAUUUGUCAUUGAUGCCGGGCUUGAGAAAAGAUUUGUUUAUAACCCCAGGAUCAGAACGAACUCGGCCAUCACUCAGCCAAUCAGCACGGGUCAGGCCGAGAGCCGCAAACAGCUCGCGGCUCUCUGUCCUGCAGGCAAGUGUUUCUGUCUGUACCCGGAGGACAGACAGCUUCCUGCGGAGGCACGACCACAUAUCAUGGAGUCUGACAUCACCUCCACUGUGCUCUUCCUCAAGAGGAUGGAGAUCGCUGGGCUGGGCCACUGCGACUUCAUCGACAGGCCGGACCCUGGAGGCCUGAUGCAGGCUCUGGAGGAGCUGGACUACCUGGCCGCUCUGGAUAAUGAUGGCAACCUGUCUGAGAUGGGCAUCAUCAUGUCCGAGUUCCCCUUGAAGCCCCAAAUGGCCAAGACUCUGCUCGCCUCCUGUGAGUUUGACUGUGUCCGCGAGGUGGUCAUCAUCGCUGCUAUGCUAACAGCCCCUUCUUGCUUCGUGGUUCCCUCCGCGGACCUGAAACCAGAAGCGACCCAGUGCCACUUGAAGUUCCAGCACCCGGAGGGAGACCACUUCACGCUCAUCAAUAUCUUCAAGGCCUUUAAAAAGUCUCAGGUGGAUCCACGUGAGUUUACAUACGUUGAGAAGUGGUGUCAGGACUCCUUCCUGAACCACACAUCUCUGUUGAUGGCUGAUGCUCUCCGCGUGGAGCUCCUCGACACCCUGAAGAGGAUCGAGCUGCCCGUCUCGAUGCCGGCCUUCGGUUCCCGAAGAAACACCUUCAACGUGAAGAGAGCCCUGCUGGCAGGUUUCUUCAUGCAGGUGGCGCGGGAUGUGGAUGGAUCAGGGAACUACUUCAUUAUGACCCAUAAGCACGUGGCACAGAUUCAUCCUCUGUCGGGAUACGGAGCCAAGAGCCCCAAGCUGGGCCUGCCUGACUGGGUGCUGUUCCACGAGCACUCCUUCUCCGAGGACAACUGCCUCCGCACCGCCACCCACAUUACACCUGAGGAGUUCAUUCAAAUGGCCCCACAGUAUUUCUUCUACAACCUGCCGCCCAGCGAGAGCAAAGACAUCCUGCAGAACAUUCUGAACCAUUCUCAUUGCAGAGAGGAGACACCUUCACCCUCCCAGGACUCGCCACAAGAGGACCAGACCAGUGACCGCUGUGUUGUACAGUGACGGACCGAACCACUGCCCCCGGGGGGGUUGAUGAAAGAACUUGUAUUACUGGUAACCAGCUAUUGCAUCACACUGUAUAGAAUCACAUUGUCUGGGUAGUUGUUGAGUCAAUCAUAUACUUUCAUCAGAUCUUUUUUGUAGUUUCAUCUUUGCACCACUGUUUUGUCACAAUAUCGUGUUAUAUUAAUAACAAUAACUGCCAGUGACACAAAGUUCUUAUGUUGUUUUUUUAGCAUCGCUUUGUAUUUAAAUCAUAUUCAACAGAACAAUCUGGUAACUUAAUUUCUAAAAAUAACUUUCUCAUGCUUUAAAUGUUAAACUUAUUAUUUAUUGUACUGCGAUGUGGUUUCCUUUUGAGUUAUUCUGUUGCUCCACAUCUUCCCCUCAGUCCCUGUCCAUCGGUCAGUCCCCCUCAGCAGUGGUCCAGCCUGAUUAAUGAGGUUCAGGGACAGUUUGCGUCCCCCUGCAGCUCCAUCUGGUGUCGAUACAGCUCGGUGACUGCAGGGUGAUCCAGUUC